CCUUCUCAAGAUGGCGCUGCACUUAAUGCGGAAAGCGCGUGGGUGCUGGAGCUUCAUCCGGGCAAUUCAUAAAGGAACCGAAGCUGCUCCCGCUCCUCAGAAAGAUGGUGUGCAGCGAAUCUUUUCUGGCAUUCAGCCUACGGGCAUCCCCCACCUCGGCAACUACCUGGGAGCCAUCGAGAGCUGGGUGCGGUUUCAGGAUGAGUGUGGCUCUGUGCUGUACAGCAUUGUGGAUCUGCACUCGAUCACUACCCCACAGGACCCAGUGGUCCUUGGACAGAGCAUCCUGGAUAUGGCAGCUGCUCUCCUCGCCUGCGGCAUAAACCCAGAGAAAAGCAUCCUUUUUCAACAGUCUCAGGUGUCUGAACACACGCAAUUAAGUUGGAUCCUUACCUGCAUGGUCAGACUGCCCCGAUUACAACAUUUACACCAGUGGAAGGCAAAGACUGCCAAGCAGAAGCAUGACGGAACUGUGGGCCUGCUCACAUACCCGGUACUGCAGGCAGCCGACAUUCUGCUGUACAAGUCCACGCACGUUCCUGUUGGGGAGGAUCAAGUCCAGCACAUGGAACUAGUUCAGGAUCUAGCAGAAGGUUUUAACAAGAAGUAUGGGGAAUUCUUUCCCGUGCCCAAGUCUAUUCUAACAUCCAUGAAGAAGGUAAAAUCCCUCCGUGACCCUUCUGCCAAAAUGUCCAAAUCAGACCCCGACAAACUGGCCACCGUCAAAAUAACAGACAGCCCAGAGGAGAUAGUGCAGAAAUUCCGCAAGGCAGUGACGGACUUCACCUCAGAGGUCACCUAUGACCCAGCCCGCCGAGAGGGCGUCUCCAACUUGGUUUCCAUCCACGCUGCGGUGACAGGACUCACGGUGGAGGAGGUGGUCCGCCGGAGUGCUGGUUUGGACACUGCGCGCUACAAGCUGGCAGUGGCAGAUGCUGUGAUUGAGAAAUUUGCUCCAAUUAAAAGUGAAAUUGAAAAACUGAAGAUGGAUGAGAACUACUUACAGAAGGUUUUACAAACGGGGUCGGCGAAAGCCAAAGAAUUAGCAUAUCCUGUGUGUCAGGAGGUAAAAAAAUUGGUGGGGUUUCUAUAAAAAGUUUCCAUGACUCGCAAAAAGGCUUUUAUAUCUUGUGGUCCGUACACUCUAAUAAAGGCAGCUUUCGUCACAAACCGAAAAA